AUGGUCUGGGAGCCAGAUAGUGCUGAGAUAGCGCAGCAGCACGAAGCCCUUAGGUCAGCGGCGGAUCGUCCCGGAAAGGUUAGAGAAAGUCGCGCAUCUCUUUGUGGGCCAGUUCUCGCGCUACCCGUCGUGGGAGCAAAUCACGGCGACACGACGUCCAUUGUUGUUCGCUCUUUGACCAGCAAACUAAACAUUACCGACCAGACAUAUCGGACGGAGAAAGUUGUGAACAACGCAGCCAUAGUGUUUACAUCCAUUGAUAUGGAGGGGUCUCUACAAAAAGAGGGCAAACCUCAUAGUUCUCAUUAG